GGGGUCCACCCACUUUUGGAAUGCGAAAUCAAACAAGAACUUCAGUGAUUGGGUGUGAAUCACAAUAUAGUCUGCUCCUGCAUCUGCAUGUGUCUGCUAUAGGCCCUUCAACAAUGUUGUAAUUCUUGAACCAGACACCACACUACUGUGUCUGGUGUAAGCAACGCCUGUUGGGGUGAAAAAUGGCUUGUGGUUCAGAGUUCCGUUUGCUUUUCUUGUCAAUCGUGUUCUUGUUAUUUGUGGUUCAAAGUUCACAAGCGCAGCUAAGAAGUGAAAAUGGGUUGAAAACUGAUAUGUUUGUAUCACCUAAAAUUGUGUUGGAACCAGGAUUGGUUUCUAACAAGGUUUACUACAACAUCGACUUUCCUAGAGGUCAUAUUGCUAUCAAGAGUUUUAAUGCCGAAGUAGUUGAUGAGGAAGGGAAUCCAGUUCCCCUUCAUGAAACUUAUCUGCACCAUUGGAUUGUUGUAAGAUACUAUCAGCGAAAAGGUAUAGAUAUUCCUAAGCACCAUGACGAUCUAGGAUUCCUCCACUCCGAUCACAUUAUCAUAAGGAACAAUGGGGUUUGUGAUAGUGGCCUUUCACAGUACUUUGGCCUGGGAUCAGAGACUCGAAGAACAGCAACUUAUGUGCCGGAUCCUUAUGGAAUUGAAGUCGGUAAUCCUGCAGAUAUCCCUGAUGGAUACGAGGAGCGAUGGAUGCUUAAUGUGCAUGCAAUUGAUACUAGGGGUGCUGAAGACAAUUUGGGUUGCACUGAGUGCAGGUGUGACUUAUACAAUCUUACGGUGGAUGGACAUGGCCGCCCCUUGCCUCCAAACUAUAAUGGUGGCCUGAGAUGUUGUCAUGAUGGUGCAAGAUGCAGGGUGAAGGAAGGGUUUGAUGGUGUUCAGAGAAGCCUUGUCUUGAGGUACACAGUGACGUAUGUCGAUUGGGAUGCCUCAAUUGUGCCUGUUAAAAUCUAUAUACUUGACGUCACUGACAUAUGGACAAAGGCAGAUGAGUCCAGGGGGCUCAAAGCUAGACAUAUUUGCAUGGUCGAGUAUGAUGUUGAAUCUUGUCCAGUUGGCGUGGCCAAUGAUGGAUGCAUUCAUACCAAAACCUUAACUGUUAGUUUGCCAACGGGUGGCGACGUAAUAUAUGGGGUCGGACAUCAGCAUGCAGGAGGCGUUGGUUCAACUCUUUACGGGGAGGGAGGGCGAGCAAUAUGCACGUCGAAUCCAACUUAUGGUAUGGGAGAUGAACCUGGAAAUGAGGCCGGCUACAUUGUGGGAAUGUCUACCUGUUACCCUUCACCUGGCUCUGUCAAGAUUGCUGCCGGAGAGACACUGACGCUCGUAUCUAACUACAGCAGUACACAGAAUCAUACAGGAGUCAUGGGGCUCUUUUACCUCCUGAUUUCAGAUUCAUCAGCAAAACCAAAUGCAUUCCUGCACUGA